AUGUCGGUCAAGUUCGCCGCCCGUGACAAGUUGGAGACAGGCAACACAACACAGGGGACGCUGCAGCAGCAACCGGCAUCUCCGAUGCGGGUUAAAGCCCGGUGUCCGUUCGUUCUCAAGCUGCACUCUGCAAGCGUUGAUGGUGGCCCAAUAAAAGAAUCGACAGAACAUUUACCAAACACCAAAUGCCAAGUUCUUGACGGGGUUCUUCUAAGAGGACCAUCUCAUCAAAACAUUGCCGUUGACGUCAAGUACUCGUCGAGCUAUUGGUUUGCGUUGCCUCACCGCAUUGAUGAACCCAUUUUUCAUUUCGCCAACUGCCACAUUCGAUUAUCCAUGUGCCGAGCUGGGCUGGGCUUCUGCGUGGCACCCUGGGCGGUUGGAGCUCCCAAGGAAGGCAAGUCGACCACGGCCCCAUGCCCCCCUGCCUUGUUCUCCCUCGUGGCUUUGGGGGGCAGCGUGAAGAUGCGAGCAGUUCAUACGGAUACGGGUCUUCAGGACCUCUUGCCAUCGGGAGACUUCCGCUGGAGGAUAGUUGACAAGUUACAACGCAACGGUCAUCACAAUGGUCUCUCGUUUCGCGGGAACCAACGAUCUCUUCGGUGGAAGUCGAGGGCAGGCGAGGAAUCAGUCCCAGGACCGUUCACCGUUCACCGCUCUCGAGUCCUAUCGCCCACAAAGUCAACCGCGUUGGCAAACGAGUCUUUGUGGAAAGGAGCGAGCAAGCGCCCUUAUGAAGCAUCCUACCGCCCAGCGUUGUAUCCCGCCAGGGCCAUUCUAGACCUUCACAUUUGGGGUGGCAUCCCGAUCCUUGGGAGAACGCGUUGA